AUGACUGCACAGCCUUUCUUUACCUCAACAAUGCGUCAUACUCUCCAAGCAGUGCUCUCCAGACGAACUUCAAUAUUUCCUCAAUCAUAUUGCCUCUCUCAUUUUCAUUGUUUCUGUCGUCGCUUGAAUAAGCGCUUCUCUUCAGUUCCACAGCAGUCAUCCUCACAAAAGCGCACCGCAGAAUUGAUUAAAGAAGUGAUUAGAGCAGAAUCCGCUUCAUCAUGUCCUGUCAAUUAUACUGGCUCGGUAGCCUAUCGCACAUGCUAUGAUGCAUGCGACUCUACUCGCUAG